AUGGGCAUCAGGAUCGCCAUUCGAGAACAGCUCGCCUUCCUCGUGGUGAUUGCUGUUCUUGUUGGCUUGAUGAUCCUGUCCGUUCCUGUCUGGAUCUAUGUCAACCAAUUCGUCGCCCAGGUUGAAGGACGUGAGCUUGCUCUUACUGCCUCAUUGAAGGCAUCUCGUAUUUCCUCCGAGCUCGAGCUCGUUCAGACCAGCAUCACCACCAUCUCCUCGCGAAUUCUCAUCCAGAAGUCCCUCGAUGCUUUCUACAAUGGCAACACCAGCGAUUCAAAUUGGGUCAAUGCGAAGGACGACCUCAAGAGUGCCCUUAGCGUGGUCUCUCUCACUGGAUUGUUACAAGGCAGGCUUUACUCGCGUAACACCACGGGCAACAAGUAUGGCCUUGUGAACGUCACGGGCGAUUCCAUUCCCGAUAUCGAGUUGCCGUGGACUGCAAGCGGCAACAGGACCCUGCUCUCGGAUACGCCAGAGGGCUAUCCCCCGGAUCUUUACCCAAACAUCACUUAUGCGGAUCUCGGCCGCCAAAACCCAUACAGAAACAACACCAGGGCCUUCUCUGCGUAUGCCUUCCCCGACGUUCGUCUUUCUACUAAUGGUGGUCUGCUCCUCGGCCCGCUUGUUCUCAACGAGACUGCUGCUCUCAUAUCGAUAACUGUUCCCAUCCGCGACAACGAGCUGCCGGAUUUUAUUCUCGGCUACAUGACGCUCGUCGGCCUGGCGAAUUCUUUGAUCAGCGUACGCAACUCGCGGGAGGGUCUAGGUGACACCGGCCUUGUCCUGCUUGUCGGGCCGACGAACUCGUCCAAUAGGUUUCCAAUUGAUCAGCCGGCCAGCAACGCUACGUAUCUUCCCAACCGAGAUACUUUUGGGAACGUGCCGGUCAAAUUUGUGCUUCCGCCGAAUCCGUUGUCAGGACAAGACGAUCGACACAACGAGCGCAGCUGGGCCAGCAGCAAGGAUGACGAGCCUUUCCCAAUGAAGGACUAUCCAGCAGUCUUUGACUCAUUCUCCAAAAAGUUUGUUUCGCCAAAUAAUUCCAGUUCCAUGCUGUCAACGUACAACGAACAAGGACUUCCUGUUGCUGUUGGAUUUGCGAGAACCAACACGGCCCUCGUCAACUGGACCGUCGUUGUCGAGCAGGCAAAGUCUGAAGCAGACGCUCCGAUAAACACGCUCCGGAAUAUCAUUCUAGGUUGUGUAUUCGGUACAGCAGGUCUGAUAAUCAUUCUCAUUUUCCCAUGCGCACACCUUAGUGUCAUGCCCAUCCGCAGACUCAAGUCGGCCACAGAGAAGACAGUCCAACCACCAGGCUACGAAGAUGGCGACUGGGACGACUUAGAUGACGACGAAACCCCCGGUUCCGGUGCCAUCUCGUCGCGAUCCCGGCGUUCGAGAAAGGAUGGAAUCAUUGCAGCGGUAUACAAGCUUGUCGGAUACAAGCCAAAGGAAAAGCCCGCGUCCGAACACGACCGCGACUCAACCCGUCGUAUUUUCAAGAUUCCUGGCAAGGUCACGGACAGGAAGCAUUUCAUUACCGACGAACUCACCGAGUUGACCGAGACCUUCAACGACAUGAGCGACGAGCUGGUCAAGCAAUACUUGUCGCUGGAUCAGAAGGUUCUUGAGCGGACGCGAGAACUCGAGAUUAGCAAGAAGGCGGCCGAAGCUGCUAAUGAAAGCAAGACGCUCUUUAUUGCAAACAUCUCACACGAGUUAAAGACGCCACUCAACGGAAUUUUGGGAAUGUGUGCCGUUUGUAUGGAAGAGAACGAUAUUCUCAGGAUCAAGCAGUCUCUCAAGACGCUUUACAAGUCAGGUGACUUACUGCUUCAUCUCCUUGAGGAUCUCCUCAGUUUUUCCAAGAACCAAAUCGGCCAGCAGCUCAGUCUUGAAGAGAAGGAAUUCCGGUUGGCGGACAUCCGUUCACAGAUUCUUACCAUUUUCGACAAACAAGUCAGAGAGGGCAGAAUCACUCUGAAUGUCAACUUCCUCGCAUCCGAUGUCAUCGAACUAAGCCCCGAAAGAAGAAGCAUGGACACAAGGCUACCAGCUCUUGGGCCUCACGGUACUGGCAGAUUGAAGGACAUGUGCCUCUGGGGCGAUACGCACCGGAUUCUCCAGGUUAUCAUCAACCUCGUUAGCAACAGCUUGAAGUUCACCCCGGCUGGCGGUAGGGUCGACGUACGGAUCAAGUGCAUUGGCGAGGCAGAGACUCCGGCACUUAAUGGGGAAGGGAGCCGCUCAUCUUCGUUUUCUAAGGAAUCGCGGAGACACGGCAGGUCUCGGCACCGAGUCGGUUCCAGCUCGAACAACUCGACAAGCUCCAGAGCCAACUCAACUACCGAGAAUCCUAAAGGCACUGCUCUAACCAUCAACCCAAUGGAGCCCAAGUCAAGCCCGCACAUUCACAUCCGAGAACGAUCUCCAACGCCGCCACCGCCAGGCGCAAAGUCGUAUAUAUUUGAGUUCGAAGUGGAGGACACUGGCCCAGGUAUCGCAGAACACAUGCAACAAAAGGUCUUCGAACCUUUUGUGCAAGGUGAUCUCGGCUUGAGCAAGAAGUUUGGUGGCACAGGUCUGGGUUUGAGCAUUUGUCACCAGCUCGCAACCCUUAUGGGCGGCUCCAUCACGUUGAAGAGCACUGUUGGCGUUGGUACGACUUUUACCAUGCAGAUUCCUCUCAAAUAUGUCAAGGACAGAACUUCGAGCACGGCAUCUAGCAGCAUUAAGUCUCGGCCUCCCAGCGUCGAUACAAUCGAGACUUCAGAUAUACCUCGAGACCCUAAACGCAACUCUGGCGGAAACCAUACACCUAUCAAGCCUGCUGGCGAGACAACGGCUAAGAACCUGUUGGAGCAACAGCCCAGGCUUGUCGGUCUCAGCCAACCCUUUUUCGCGUCGAAUCCCGCACCAAAAACAAAGAGGAACACGAAGGAGUCCCAGAUGGCAGCGAUCGAUGCCGCAAUAGCUUACAAGGGCGAAAACAGUGGCAAGCUACGGGUCCUCGUUGCCGACGACAACUCGACGAACAUCGAGGUUGUGAGCAAGAUGCUCAAGCUGGAAGCAGUCUACGACGUGACGAUUGCCAAAGACGGGCAGGAGGCAUACGACCUUGUCAAGGCCAAUAUGGACAACAAUCAGCGAUUCGACGUCAUCUUUAUGGAUAUCCAGAUGCCAAACCUCGACGGCUUACAAUCCACCAAGCUCAUCCGUCAAAUGGGCUACAAGGCACCCAUCGUUGCUUUGACGGCCUUCUCGGAGGAGAGCAAUGUCAAGGAAUGCAUUGAGAGUGGCAUGGACGAAUUCCUCAGCAAGCCUAUCAGAAGGCCUGCUCUGAAGCAGGUGCUGAAGAAGUUUGCGACGAUUCCAGAGGAGCCCGAGACGAUCAGCCAGACAAGGAAGACGACGCCAGAGUCAACUCCGCAGAAGGCUUCCAACGGCUCAGCAGUCCAUAAGGAGACCGUGAACGAAAAGGCAGAUGCUAUAUUGCCGGUUCAGGCAAAUGGUCAAGCCAACGGUCCCUCAUCAGAACAAUACCUCUCGGAGAAGGGGACGUGA